AUGCCUAAGUUGGCAAAAGUGAAGACUUCUUUAGCAUUUGCCCGCCGACUCAAGUUCAUCCUUUUCACAAAACGAAGUGAGAGUGUGUCUGCCAACCUUCUACUUACUCAAGUGGCUAGUUGUCCUGAACUGCAGGCGCAUUAUAAUCUUGGUCGUGACCGCUGGAGCGAGCUUUUCGGCAAGAAUCCUAGUCAAGCCAUUCGCCUUUUUCUCAACCUUGUUGAUACUAUCAUUGCUGCCUUCCUUCCGCGACUUAAGAGGGAGAUACAGCAACCCGAUUCAUCACAGUCUCGAUUUAUCAGUUAG